CAAAAGACGGAAAUCGAUAAGAAAUAUAGUAGUAGUGUGGUUGUCGAAGCGACUAUUGCACAUUUACUAGAAACGUGACACAGGAUCUAUUCGUCUCUUCGAUGGAAAUGACUGACAUUGUGGGUCUCGCACGAAUCAAUCCUGUUGACAAUCCCGUCGAUCUUUUUAGAAUGUGGCGCGAUGAAGCGAUAAAAUUCCAAUUUGGAUUGGUAAACACCUGUUGUCUAGCAACUGUCUCUUCACUAAAUUUGAAAGUCAGUUCGAGAAAUCUGAUUUUACGAGAAUUCGAUGAUAACGGUUUUGUCAUUAUGACAGACGCACGCAGCCAAAAAGUCAAAGACAUGAAUUGUAAUUUAUAUGCUGCUAUGUGCUUUUUGUGGGAUUACAAGAACGAUAAACAACAGCAUAUCACGCGACAGGUGAGAAUAGAGGGAUUGAUGAAAAAACUGGAAAGACCGGCUUGUCAACUUAUAUACGAGAGAGAGCCGUUGUACUGUAAAAUUCGAACUUACCUUUGUCAUCAAAACCAACCGGCUGACUGGGACGAUUUGAAUCGCCAGUAUAAUGAAAUAUUACAAAACGAUAAUGUUCAUACAAUGCCGGAUCAUGUCGUAGCAUACAAACUAGCACCUGAAAUGAUGGAAUUUUAUUACGCACGAGACACACUAAUCGCCGAUCGAAUACAUUAUAAUAAAAAUGUGAUAAACAAAAAUUAUUGGGAAUAUCAAAGAAUAGCAGCAUAA